GGCUGCCAUAUCUUGAACUUCACCCGCUUCAAAACACCAUACCAUGGCCAAGCGGAAGAGCAACGACGAGAGCCCGGCUUUGCCGCGGAAAAAAGCUAAGCUGCAGCAGGCUCCUCCCAAUGUGCUCGAUGCUCAGGCGACAUGUUUGCCGACCUCAACGUCAAUGCCAGCGGAAUCACGACCUUCGCAGCGGGAGAAACGCAAAAGGACCAGAAGCCCGUCUCCAGAACCGAGUGCGAAGCGAGCCAGGACGCAGGGUCCUGGCGUCUCCGAUUCAUCUGUCGGAAGCCCAGAGGUCUGGCCCAGGUCACCGUCCAAUGGAGUGGAAUACGACAGCGACGAAGGAAUUACCGACCACAUGCGAGAAUGCGAGGCAAAAUUGCUGACCAUCAUGAGCGGCGAUGAUCCAGCAUACUAUCCUCCAUCCGAUGUUGAAGAUGAAUUAGAGGCAGAGGGCCGCCACACGCCCCAAUACGGAUCUGGAUCCGAGUACGAAUCUGAGUGCGACAGUGACGAAGAAAUAAACGGGCACACCAAGGAAUGCGUGGAAAAAUUGUUGGCCAUCACGAACGGCAAUGAUCCAACAUACCUUCCUCCAUCCGAUGUUGAAGAUGAAUUAGAGGCAGAGGGCCGCCACACGCCCGAACGACCAUAUCAACACCCACGAGGCCGUCUGUUGAGUCCAGAGCUUCUGGGAAAGGAGAGACUACCCCCACCGUUUUUCAGGCUGAGCGCACGGGAGGCGAUUGCGAGCUUGUCACCACAAGAAAGAUGGCGACCACCCUCUGCCGCUCAGCCCCUCCGAGAGAAGAGUCGUAGCCCUCUUCAAGAGGCAAGGCAGAGCCCUCCACAGAACAAGAGCCCGAAACGGCAAAAGAGCCCUCGGCGACAACCAGAAGCGCACAAGAAGCGCAUAAACACCGGGGACCAGCGACGGCCAAGGAAAGUCAAGCCUGCUCCACGGGUUGUCGAGCAGAUUCUGCGGUCAAGGCGUUCGUCCCGACGGGAUGGCGCGUCACAGCUGUGGUGUCUGGGAGAUGACGGCGCGCCAUGCUUGAUGAUAUCCAGGAGGUGA